UUUAUAUUAGUUGCAAUUAAAACACGAUGGCUUCAGCACGUUUAGUAGUAUCACUUGUAGGAAUUUUUGCCAUUUCAACAUUGGCACAACCAGCUUCUCGAAUUUGGGGUGGAGAAGAAGCUGGAAAAAAUAGUUUCGCGUACGUGGCUUCUGUACGAUUAGAUGGUGCACAUAUUUGUGGUGGUUCAAUUGUUGGGAGCAGAUCGAUUUUGACGGCCGCCCAUUGUGUCGUGGAAAAUAGUAAUACAGUCUCAUCAAAUCGUUUAGCAGUGCGUGUCGGAAGCACCAACCAAUUUUCCGGUGGGAAAUUGUAUUAUGUUUCUGGUGUCUCUGUACAUCCGAAUUAUAGUGGUGUUCAAAAUGAUAUUGCUGUUCUGGAAUUGGAAUUGUCUCUAGAAUGGACGGAUCGCGUGGCUAUGAUAGAUAUAGCGACGUCCUCCACAGACGAACCAGCAGUCAGUGCAUCAGUUAAGGUGGCUGGAUGGGGUGAUCAAUCCUCUGAUGUAUCAUCCCAUAAACUCCACUCAAUGACAUUCUCUAUUGCCACCGAAGAAGUAUGCACGGAUGCUUUUAGUGGAAAAGAUAUUUCUACCAUUUGCUUAGCGCAUGAUUUAAAGAAGGGUAGUUGUAUCGGCGACGCUGGUAAUGGUGCAGUUUACAAAAAUAAACUAAUUGGGGUCAGCAGUUUCAUUGUGGGUGCCUGUGGUUCCCGUUAUCCUGAUAUUUUCAGCAAUGUGGUUCAUUAUGCUCCUUGGAUCCAAAAUGUAUUGGUUUAAAAUUAAUACUUGUUAUCGUAAAUAACAAAAAUUAUAAAUAAAAUUAUCAAUUUUUUUUAUUUCAUGAUCAAAUAUAUCAUUAAUUGAGAAAAA